AUGAUCGAAACUAAAGUUCCGGCGUUUGCUGAGCUGAGCGAGUUCGCUAGUCUUGGGUCUGGCGGAGAAGUAGUGUUUGCCACGGACGACUUCUUUGCAACAUGUGAGAACAUGAUAGCUGAUAGUGAACCAAUAUUCAUUGAGGAUAAGUACACGGAGUACGGCAAAUGGAUGGAUGGGUGGGAGACCCGGAGGAAAAGGAUCGCUGGCCAUGACUGGUGCAUCUUGAAGUUGGCGACGAAAUGUGUUGUGCGCGGAUUACUCGUUGAUACAGCAUUCUUUACUGGAAACUAUGCACCGAAAUAUUCCAUACAGGCUGCCUGCUUAACCCCUGAAGAAGAAGAAUCGAUACCAAAGAGGAUCUCCGAAAUGGGUACGGCGUGCAACAAAUUCGACUUGAAACAUAUCGAACGACUUAAGUCUGACAAAUGGGAUGAAUUAGUGCCCAUAACAGCCCUGCGGCCGGGCUAUGAAGAAACCAGACUUAAUUUCCAGAAGGUACUGAGUGACGACGCUUGGACUCAUAUUCGCGUGAACAUUUAUCCGGAUGGAGGGAUAGCUCGUCUUAGGGUGUUCGGAGAAGCGAAACCCGAACCGCCUGCGAGAAAUCAAAUUAUAGACCUAGUGUCUCUGCUAAAUGGCGCUGCUUGCCAAGGUUUUUCAAAUGCCCACUACGGCCACCCAAAGAACGUAAUCAAGCCUUCAAAGGGGAAAUGCAUGUCUGACGGUUGGGAGACGGCGAGAAGAUUGGACAGGCCUAACAUCAUAGAAGCUAAUGAUGAUGGAACUAUGAAGACUACAGGUCAAGAAUGGGCGGUCUUCAAAUUGGGCUUCCCGGGGAACAUUAAGCAAAUUUGUGUGGACACCAACCACUUUAAAGGCAAUUAUCCUGACUCCGUGAAGAUUGAGGGGGCGUAUUUGGGCCGUGGCGACUGGUACCCAGAAAUUGACGCCAACUGGCAUAAUAUUUUGAAGCCUAGUAAGCUAUCGGCCCAUAAUGAGCAUUGGUUCGACUGUGAAUCGGAUGUCAUCACACACAUUAAAGUAACGAUGGCGCCAGAUGUCUAG